GACGGAUCAAGGGAAAUAAAACACAGGAUACAGCGAAUCCUCAAAUCACUUCACGGUUACCGGGCAAAGUAGAAAGUCGCUCACCGUGAUUCGCAGUGCUGCUCCCACGAAGAUGUCUUACGGAAUAAUGUUGGUGAUAGCAGUGACAGUGAUCUUGGGUGCUCUCGUGGUCUUCGGAGCUCCUCCGGUAGUAGUGAAUCAAUACAGUCACCAUAUAAGUGAUCAGUACAGUUGGGGUUACAAGUUAAGUGAUAUGCAAGAAGUUAACCAAGACAUACAGAAGAAGGUUCUUGAUGAUGGACAACAGGUUUUGGUAUUUAGCGGAUCCUACAGCUUUAGCGGUGACGAUGGAAUUCAACAUACCGUUGAGUACACCGCUGAUGAGAAUGGCUAUCAUCCAGUAAUAAAUGCUACCCAACUCACCCCCUCAACUAGAGUACCACCUACCAGUAAGGUACAUACAAUUCCAACAGUUAAACAAGACAAUGUAACUGUUCACCGUGCAUACACCACAGAGAGUGCAAUAAGUUUGAAAUGUUUGGAGUCGUUGUGUGGGGGGAAAAAGUAGUUCACUUUUAUGGUAAUAACGGCAGUGACUAUUGAAUGAAUAAAAAGCUAUGCAUAAAUAUAAACAAUAAAGAGUUUUUGAGUGUCCGUUGGUGUGUGUACAAAAUCCUUGCUUCAUCCCGAAAAUACCCCUGUGCAUCUACGUUUCCACACUGGGAUUUAUUUUAUUCUUCAAUCACAUAACCUAAUUUGCAGCUCUUUUGUCAACUAGGGGCUAAAAUAUAAACGACUCAUAAGAAAGUGAUCAUUCGUCAUAAAUAAUUCCAAAAGUCCCAGUGAAGAAACAGGGGUGUAAGCAGUAAUAAAUAACAAAAGUUCCAUAAACAAAUAGAAAAGUGCAUAAAUAAAUCAAAAGUUUCCAUAAAUAAUUGAU